AUGGUUUCGCAAUUCCAAGAGCAUCUUUCUAUGUCUCUCUUUCGUUGGGUCGUUUUGCUUCCUUGGAUAGAAACCCUUUCUUGGACCAUCAUGAGUGUCUCGUUGUGGUGGUGCAAGUUUGUUCGACUAGUGCAAGGAAUUGAAUAUGAAGAACUGCACAGACUUUGUAAUCGCUAUUCCAAGCGAAAAGUGCUAGGGGCUCUAUGUGCAGUGAUCUUCGUGCUGUACUAUCUUGGGAUUUCGAGCGGUGGUGACCACCUUUCCAAAGCUGGACAGUGCGUCAAGGAGCGGUUUAGAAAUUGGGAGCAAGGAGUCAUUGAUCAGUCAAUAGGAGUUGACUCAUCUUCAGUGUCAUUUAUUGGGAACGGUCACAUUGGAGUAGAUGUGAAUGGAGAAUUAAGAGUUCCCUCAAGUGCUUCUAGUAUACUGGACUUUGCUACUGGCUUCAAACCUUUCGUGAAUUUGAAAGUUGUUGGCACAGACUCGUCUGCGGAAACUACGUUCACCGAUUUCAAGGCUGGACGUCUUCGCAAAAUUAAGUGUUAUGUAGUGGAUGGAGAAUGUGCAUGCAUUGUAAGAACUAGCUAUGUGCACCGGACUAAGAAAGAGCUUUUGGUCGAGGAGGUGAAAAUUGUCAAUCCAACGAAGGCAUCGAUCACUGUAAAAAUGGAGCGGCCUGAAGAAAAGAAGUGGGCAGCCAACAAAACAGGUGACGCGAUUGUUUAUUCUCAAACCUUCCCGCUAUCUCUUUCGUCUCUAACUGCCGCGGUCAUGUGCUCAAGUGUGCCGACGGAGUAUACUGUAUCUCAGAAGAGGGAAGAAACCAUACGCUUCAUGUGCAUUGUCGAGCACCGGGAACUAUCCAGCAAUAUGGCAAUAGACACUAAACCUGUACUACAGGAGCUCACCAGGAAAGUAAUCACUGAAUAUGGUCGGCUAACUGUCGUCGCAUCUUUAACUGUGGACCUAGAGCACGAACGUGCUUGGGAAAAAUUGAAUGCUGCUUCAUUCUACUUGUCUCCGUCGAAGGCACCAAAUGUUCUUAAUGGUGAUCGGAUAAACGCAACUCGAUACAUUCUCAUGAGUAACGUCAAAGCUCCCCUUCUGGAGGAGUCUUUUCCCGAAGACAAGAGAAAGGCACUGGAGUUAUCGUCAAGGCGCAACGAGCGAUGCUACAGUGAACAUUCAACUUUAUUAUAUCCAUCUAAGUUAUGGCAAGACUGGAAUAAAAUCGAAGACCUUAUGCGUUUGGCGGAGAUCUGGCUGCUAACUCUUGAUAAAAGGGGUUGUGCGUCCAUACUCAAGUCAGGUGCUACUGGACUAGCUCAGGCAUUUACUUUGUCGUUGUCCGCUGCGUCAUAUCAUGACUCUCAUCUGGAAGUUGCGCUAUCGGUUUCCGAUCUUCAUCGUGAGCUCGCAUUUGGAGGCUUGCCGAUUGGAAUCGGAGUGGGUGAUGCUAGCGCUCGUGUGCGCAUCGACAACGACAACACACCCUACUUCGAGGUAUCAGCAACGAGCACGCUGUACGCUUGUGGAGGAGGUUGUUUAGGAGAGCCGAUUACACUAAGCAAAACUCCUGUGAGGAUCCCUAUCAAGAUUACUAAACCGGAGACGAGCAUACUGUACAUUGCGACCAGCCGUAGGCAUCUAGAGCAAUUACGGUCGACAAUACAUGUUUCGGAAGUGAUGUCGGCACCAGCUCAUGAAAGUGAACUCCUUGCAUUGCAUCGACAUGGCUCUGCGAUGGGAGGACUUCCGGCGUGGUUCUGGUUUAUCCUCGUGAUCCUAUUAAUUGCCUUCCACGCAUUCCUUGCCAAGCUUCUGUGGUCGGAAUGGCGAAAGGGUGAUAUGACACCCUACAAUCCUUAUUUAAGAAAUAGGUAUGCCUCAAGCAAAAAGCUCGUCUCCUGUUCGUUUGGAAAGGUCUCCGUGAUGUCGUUUGCUGGCUUCCUUGACAUAGCCCGAAAGGAUGUUGAUCUCCCAUCUAGCGCUCCUAAAGAGCUGCUGCGAAAUGUUCAUGCAGAUUUUAUCACGAAUUUUGAAAAGAAGAAGGAUUCUUAUCCCGAUGCGCUGGAUCGUGCUGCAGUUGUUGAGUACGUCAAACAGUGCCAGCGGUCUGACGGCGGGUUUGCGGCUGCAGCCCAUCAUGAUAGCCAUCUUACUUCACACUUUAAGCGCUGUGCAAAUGAAGUGGAUACGAGGUUUUCCUUCUGUGCCGUCGCCACCCUCUUCCUCAUUGAUAGACUACACGUAAUUGAUCUCGAUAAGGCUGUUCGGUAUGUCCUAAGCUGCUACAAUUUUGACGGUGGCUUUGGCACAAGACCAGGAUCAGAGAGUCAUGCUGGGCAGGUUUAUUGUUGUCUUGGAACUUUGUGCAUUGCUCGACGACUUGAGUCGAUUGAUAGAGAUAGAACUGCCGAGUGGCUCGCUCAACGACAGUGCGCCAGUGGUGGAUUGAAUGUAUUGCAGGACGUCCUGAAAAACUACCGGAUGUGUGCUAUUCGUGGUGGGUUCUUGCCUCGCUUGGCCAUGCUCGGUCGUUUGGAUUGGGUUGAUAAGGCUGCUAUGAUUAAAUUCAUUUAUGCCUGCCAAGAUGAUGAGACAGGUGGUUUCGCAGAUCGACCAGGCGAUUGUCCGGAUCCAUUCCAUACGUUAUUUGGCAUCGCAGGUCUGUCACUACUGGGUGACGACAGUUUGCGUCCUGUAGAUGCGGUACUCUGUAUGCCUAAAUAUAUGCUGAAAGACAAAACUCUUUGCUAA